AUGGCCGCCACAUUUAUUCCGCGCCAGGUGUUCCCCAAUUAUGCGUCGAUCCCCCGGUCGUACUUCUUGGGCCACCAUAGGGCUGGCUUGAGGAAGAUGCAAAAUAUGCUCUCGUCCAUCGACUAUGUUAUCGAGUGCCGGGACUAUCGGGUGCCGGUCACCUCCAUGAACCCAAUGUUUGAGGAAGCGCUGGGGAAGACGAGACGACUGGUUGUGUAUACUAAGAGAGAUCUGGGUGCAGAAUCUGGGUCGGGGGCGCAAAAAAAGGCGGAGAAAACCAUCCGGACUUUCAACAAGAACGGGGAUUCGCUCUUCGUCAGCUCAUCGUCUCGGAUGGACGUCGGCACCAUCCUGAAACACCUGCGUGACGAUUCAGGGAUUCCGGAGAGACUCGUCGGCACUCGAGUGAUGGUGGUCGGUAUGCCUAACGUGGGCAAGUCGACGUUGAUCAAUAACCUGCGCAAUCAGGGGGUAGGAAAGGCCAAGGCCGUACGGACUGGAGGCCAGCCGGGUAUCACGCGCAAGAUCGCCUCGCCCGUGAAGAUCAUCGAACGCGAGAAUGGCUCUCAUGUCUACGUCUUGGACACGCCGGGUGUCUUCAUGCCGUACGUGCCGGAUGCGGAGAACAUGCUGAAAUUGGCACUCUGCGGCUGCGUCAAGGACUCGGUCAUCGCGCCCGUCACGCUGGCCGACUAUCUAUUGUACCAUAUCAACCGCAACGAUGCGCAAGUCUAUCAGCGAUGGUCAUCUCCGACAAAUGAGAUCAUGCCACUCCUGAAUGACUUCGCCCGCCAGACAGGCCUUCUGGCCAAGGGCGGAAUCCCCAACACGGAGCUUGCAGCCCUGCAUUUCAUCCAGAAAUGGCGCGCUGGGGAUCUGGGCAAGUUCAUCCUCGAUGACCUGCAGGCCGAGGAGCAACGGCUGUUGGAAGGUCGAGAGCGGGAGCCCAUUAUCAGUCGGACGCAAGCGCUGAAGGCUGACAAGCUGUCACGGAAGCAACCCAAGCUGUAA